ACCUGUUCUCAAAAGUACUUAUCCCUGCUUAAAAUUCCAACAACCGAAAUUUGCACAAGCCCGUUUGAGAAUUGCUAUGCACUUAGUUCGUCUCUCCCUCCAGUAGAUGGGGAUACACCAACAUUCCUGCAGGAUUACUUGUACACUCAUCAUGCAAGCAAUCUCUUUCUCAACUUUUUGUUAAGUUUCAGCCACGCCUUGCAUCUGAAACGCAAGCAGUAAUUGGGUAUGUCUGUCCUGCAGACUGAAAAGAGUUCCAGAAAGUUUGUUUUAAAGAAAAGUUACGAAGUGGCUAGCUUUUCUAUUUUUACUUAUCAGUUAAACAGUGUUGCUAUAUAAGUAGCCUGGCUUUAAAGAAAGCAAUCCAUAGUAUAUCUUUUUUUAGAAAUAACUAUAAACCACAACUACGAUGGAUUAGCUUUUUACAAAAUUAACGGAGUAAAGGCUUUUCAACGUUCAUUAACAGGAACGAAUUUGAUGUUUGUUUUGUUAUUGAAAUAUAUUGUAUUAACGGCGCUAUUCAAAAGAGUUAACGGUGAAUAUUUGUUGGGGUUUAUAGCAUCCAGUAUUUGUUUUUAAGCAAAUAAAUCUCAAUACCUUUUAUUUGAAACAAUGUCACGAAAUUUAAAUAAGAAGUGCGCCUCCGAUCCUCAUUCACAAGCGAGUGGGAGCGGGGUUAACGCCAGGACAAAAUGUUCCGCUUGCAGACAUUUUUACUGCGACCCCAAAAUCCUGCCCUGCCUCCACACUUUCUGUACAGAAUGCAUUCAACAGCUGGAGCAGUUUUCAAUACAGGGGAAGACAGCUGAAACUCUACCCGAGGAAUCCUACCUUCGUGACCAGCCCUCGGUCACUAUCCUUUGCCCGGUCUGUGAUUCAGAAGUGGAUUUGCCCCUGGCAGGGGUACAAGGGUUAACCACCGACCACCUCGCCGUGAGCGAAGUGUUUUUGGAGAGUUUGUUGAAUGAAGACUGUGAGCUAGUCUGUGAUCUGUGCAGCGAGGGGACUGCAGAGAAACGGUGCGAUGUCUGUUGUGUCAAUCUGUGUGAGUUCUGCUGUCAGGCACACAGGAGACAGAAAAAGACAGCUUCCCACACCACCGUGCGCCUUCAGGACCUGAACGGAUCCAGCAGAAUUGUAAAGCCCAUCAUGUGCUUGAUGCACCCUGCAGAGGAGGUGAGACUGUUCUGCGAGACCUGCGACCGGCCUGUGUGCAGAGACUGCGUAGUGACGGGACACCGCGACCACGCCUGCGAUUACGCCGCCAACGUCAUCCACAAGCACGGGGACUCCGUGAGGGAGCUGCUGAAGAACGUCCAGCCGCACGUGGGCGUGCUCGAGAGGGCCCUGAGCGACAUAGAGUCCGUGCAGCAGUCUGUCGAGGUUCGAGCAGACGCUGUGGCCGAGGAAGUCCGCGUGUUUGCCGAGGGCUACAUAAAAGCCAUCGAGAAGCACCGCGAUGGGCUCCUGAAUCAGCUGGAGGAGCUGCGGGUGCAGAAGAGGAACCAGCUCCACCUGCAGCGGGUUCAGCUGGAGCAGAUCCUGUCCGACGUGAAGACCGGAGUGGACUUCACGGAACGCCUGCUGACCAGCGGCUCUGAUCUGGAGAUCCUGAUGGCCAAGGGGGUAGCGGUCAGUCGGCUGAAGAGGCUGCUUGAGGUGGGGUAUAAUCCCCAUCCGGCCGUGGAUGAUGGUGUACACUUCCUGCCCCAGGAGAGAGCAGCACAGAGUGGUGUGUUCGAGGUGUUUGGAGUGAUCCACACCAGGGCAGUGGAACCGGCUAAAUGUGGCAUUAGUGGGGAAGGAUUUCAAGUGGGGCGCCAGGGUCACCCCAGUGAAUUCACUGUGAUCUGCAAAGACUCGGCUGGAGAGCAGAUGGCUAAAGGAGGGGAGACUGUCCGUAUCAGCAUCGUUCACAAAGAGAAGAAGGAUUGUGUCACCAAGCCUGCAGUCCAGGACAACAAUGAUGGCACGUAUCGUGUGUCCUACACCCCUCAGGAAGCAGGGACAUACACUGUGUGGGUCUGUGUUACAGGACAGCAUAUACAGGGUUCUCCCUUUGUCCUGGUUGUGAGGAGUAAAGUUCGCAAACACCGUGGCGUAUUCCACUGCUGCACAUUCUGUUCCAGCGGAGGACAGAAGGAGGCUCGCUGUGGGUGUGGGGGCACAAUGCCAGGAGGGUACCAAGGCUGUGGACAUGGGCACAAAGGUCAUCCGGGGAAGCCGCACUGGUCCUGCUGUGGAAAUCUCACUGAAGUGUCUGAAUGCUCUGGAGCCAUCACAGGCACAAACUCCUCCCGCAGCCUCUUCAGAACUGUUGCUCUCUGAAUAUCUUCAGAUCUGAUCGCUGCCCCAAAACACCUCUCCACUAUUGUAUCGUUGAUGUGUUUGAUCCAUUUAUUACUACACAAAUAGUUGUUGACACUAUUUAUAAUGAUCUCUCUCUCUUUCUCUCUGUGUGCAACAUUUAGCACACAUUUGAAUCUUUAUAAUAUAUACACAUAUGAGUUAUUCAAAAAUGUGUUGUUGAAAUGUUCUGACAUGCAUUAUAUUUGUCUUGUGUUAUUCAAUUAGGUGUCAUCAGCUGAUGGGUUACGUUUACUAUAUAUAUUGUGUUCAAUUAGAAGAGAUUGCAUGGACAACAUGCAUUACAAAUAAGUACUCUUGUGUUGAUUACAUUUGAAGUACAUUAGGCUUGAGGUAUCUGUGCAGCAGUGCACUGCAAAAGGAACUGACGUUUUGCCUCUACAUUAAUAUUUACAGAGGGAAAUAUAGUGAGAAAGGAAAUCUUAGGUCACUUCCAAAGCUGAAUAAUUGUCUGUUUUCAAACUGUACAUUUACGCUCCAGCAGCAGCAAAAACAUUAGCUAAUAAUUCUUGUCUGAGGAGUCCCAGUAUACCAUUGUCAUUCACAUGGGCAAAUCUCACACACUAGACAUGGGCACAGCAUAGGGAGUGUGAUCCAAUCACAACAACUCGAGUUAAUACGUAACACCUUCCAAGUUGUUUUUAUUGGGUGGAAGGUGUUAAUCAAUUUAGUGAAUAUCUUGUCUGGCUUCUCGGUAGUUUUAAUUAAUGCACUGUUUUUUUUUAAAUUUGUAACAUGGAAAAUUAUGCAUGGAAAACUUGCAGAUCACAAGCAAAAAAUCAUUAGAGUUGUUUCACAAUCUUGUAAAUGGUUAUACCACAAGUGGGAAAGGUAUUCAAAAUUAAAAUGUGUUAGGGGUUUAUCAAAAGGAUCAUAGCUAAUGAGCUUGUCUGACAAAGAAAUGUGUUUUGUACUGCAGAUCAAAACUCUUAAUUAAGCACAAUGUAAAAGUGACAGACAAUAAGAGCCGUAUUCAGACAGAAUUCUACUAAAGUACCAUUUUAAUUCUAAAAAAAAAAAAAAAAAGACCAUGCUUGCUAGUUCUGUAA